CAACGAUUACUAGAGAUCACAACUAAAUAGCUCCUUCACGAUCUCGACUUUGAUCAUAUUAACUCAUCACUCUCUUGAUUAUCUUUCUUUGUUGUGUCCUUAAAAAGAUGGUGGAUGCGUGGAAAAAGGAGCGAGAGAGAAGUGAAAAGAGAAACAGAGUGAGAAAGAGCACUCUGGAAAGCAACGGCGGUCAAUGGUGAUGGCCGCGAUGCAGCUAAACGGUUGAGUCAGUCAGUCAGUCUCGAGACAUCGAGCUUCAUGUAUCGUUGAGGGAUCGUUGAAUUGGCUAUUGUCUCCAAUUUUUUAAUAGUUUAUCAUUAGUAUAAUCCUAUAAUUUUAAAAACAUUGUUCAUUGUUGUUCUACGUAUAAUUGUAAAAAUUGCAAUGAGAGAAUUUGUAUGCUUAUGCAAUAAAGAGCGAGAAUACAAGAUUACGAAAAAGUCAAUUCGUUUAAACAAAUAUCGAUCAUAAAAGAGGAAGAUUUAUUUAAAUUUUAUAGCAAAUUCAAUAUAAAAAGUUGUAAAAAAGAACAAAAUGAAACUUGAAGGAAAUUCUUCGAAUGAAGAUAAUACUAAUGAAAUAUUAUUACAACCUAGAAAAGGUUCUGGUUCUCGUUUGCAAAUUGUACCUGCACAACAUAAAACGAUUACUCACUUGCCAAAAAGACCACCGGUUGAUUUAGCAUUCACCGAUUUAACGUACAAAGUACGAGAAGGUAACAAAAAUAAUGCAAAGAUAAUUUUAAAAUCUGUCAGUGGAAGAUUACGAUCUGGAGAACUAACAGCUAUUAUGGGGCCUUCCGGUGCAGGAAAAUCUACUCUUUUAAACAUUCUGACCGGAUACAAGUCAACAAAUACUGAAGGAAGUGUUACAAUAAACGGCCAUGAAAGGGAUCUUAGUGCCUUCAGAAAAUUAUCAUGCUAUAUAAUGCAAGAUAAUCAACUUCAUGCGAAUUUAACAGUGGCUGAAGCCAUGAAAGUCGCUGCAAAUCUUAAACUUGGAUCGCAUGUUAAUAAAACAGAAAAAGAAGAAGUGAUUCAAGAGAUUUUAGAAACACUUGGUUUAUCCGAGCAUCGUCAAACUAUGACAUCGAAUUUGAGCGGUGGACAAAAAAAAAGAUUAUCUAUUGCUCUUGAAUUAGUCAAUAAUCCUCCGAUAAUGUUUUUUGACGAACCUACUAGUGGUUUAGACUCUUCGUCUUGUUUUCAAUGCAUCUUGCUCUUAAAGACUUUAGCUCGAGGCGGAAGAACGAUAAUAUGUACUAUUCAUCAACCUAGCGCUAGACUUUUUGAAAUGUUCGAUACGUUAUAUACAUUAGCUGAAGGACAAUGUGUGUAUCAGGGAUCUACAUCACAAUUAGUACCGUUUCUUAGAAAUAUUGGACUCAACUGUCCAAGUUAUCACAAUCCAGCCUCUUUCAUCAUUGAAGUAUCUUGUGGAGAAUAUGGAGAUAAUAUCAAAAAUUUGGUAAAUGCUAUAAAAAAUGGAAAAUAUGAUAUUCGAGAAGGACAUCCAUUUCCUGAAAAUAAGUUGGAAGAACUCAAUAAUUUACCUGAUUCGUUUUCAAAAAACGAAGAAGGUGGAAAAAAUACUGAAAGAAAAGAUAAAAAUGAUGCAAGCAAUUUGAAAGAAAAGUUUGAAGAAGAUAAAAUAAAAAAAGUUAAUAAUAAAGGAAUUAUUUCAUCUUACGCAACUAAUGAUAUCGCAAAACAAGAUGUAGUAAUACCAAUUGAUAUGGAAAAGAAGGAUAACGCUGAUGUGGCUUUACUCGAUGAUUCAAUUAUAGUCACUCCAGAGAGAUAUCCCACGUCGGAAUAUCAACAGUUCUGGAUUGUUUUAAAACGAACUUUACUUUUCAGUCGAAGAGAUUGGACACUUAUGUAUCUUCGACUCUUUGCUCAUAUUCUAGUAGGAUUAUUGAUUGGCGCACUUUAUUAUGAUAUUGGAAAUGACGGUGCUAAAGUACUUAGCAACCUUGGAUUUCUGUUCUUUAAUAUGUUGUUUCUUAUGUAUACAUCAAUGACUAUUACAAUCUUAUCUUUUCCACUAGAAUUGCCAGUACUCCUGAAAGAAAAUUUUAAUAGAUGGUAUUCUCUCAAGGCUUAUUAUCUAGCAAUUACUGUAUCAGAUAUACCAUUUCAGGCAGUAUUUUGUAUUAUAUAUGUCACAAUUGUAUACUUCAUGACAAGUCAACCAACAGAUAUUAUGCGAUUCAGUAUGUUCUUGGGAACAUGUUUACUAAUUUCUUUCGUAGCACAAUCGGUUGGAUUGGUGGUUGGAGCAGCAAUGAAUGUACAGAAUGGCGUAUUUUUAGCACCAGUUAUGUCCGUACCAUUUCUUUUAUUCUCCGGCUUUUUCGUUAGUUUUGAUGCCAUUCCGGUAUAUCUUAGAUGGAUUACUUAUCUGAGCUAUAUUAGAUAUGGCUUUGAAGGGACUGCUCUUGCCACAUAUUCUUUUGGUCGAGAAAAACUUAAAUGUUUCCAGGUAUACUGCCACUUUAAAAACCCAGAAACAACAUUGGAAGAACUAGACAUGCUCGAUGCUGAUUUCACUCUCGAUAUUCUUGCCUUGCUUUUAAUAUUUGUUGUUCUUCGAAUCGCUGCCUAUUUGUUCCUUCGUUGGAAAUUAAAGACUGCGCGAUAGAUCGAUGUACAAUUAUUAUCAAUUUAAAAUGUUAAAAUACUUUUAUAAACAAAUGUUAAUGGAGUAAGGUAACAAUGCAUUUUCUUACCGUCAUCGUACAGUAAAAGAUUAAUAAUCUUAUGUUUUAAUAUCGAGAAUUAUUUUCUGUUAUAUAAUUUUUGAUUAUCAAGACAAGUUUACAUGAAUACUAAAAUAUAAAAAUAU